AUGUAUGAUGAUGAUGAAGGAAACGAUAUUGGCUUCAUCGCCCGGGACACUGACAUACUGAUUGCUUCUGUAGACUUCGCGGCGGACACCGUCACUAGCCUUGCUGGGACUGACGAGUACUAUGCCCACCUCACCAAGGGGUACAACAGCGGCGAUCUGGUAUUUGUGGCCGAAGCCUAUGGCACCAGCAGCACAACUAAUGCUGGAGAGGUAUACGUCUCGGGGACGUACUUCAUCGUGCCGUCUGUUGACACGGUUUCGUACCCAGAUGUGCUGGCAACGGCAGCAAGUGCACCGAGCCAAUUCACCAGCACUGACAAUGUAGUAGACUAUUACCAACACCAGACAAGCAGUGUCAGUGAAGUGCACAUGAAGAUCACGAAUUACUACACUGGUUCCAACAGCGACAACUGGAAGGUGUUUGAUGGCUCCUAUACAAGUGCCGUACAAGUGCAGGAGCCAGACCUGCUCUGGGAAGGAGAAGGCCUGCAGUCGCGCGUGCAUUCGGUUACGCUCUACACCACAACCAGCGGCAAUGACUACACAGCCUACUUCCAGACAUCGGACUUGUCUUCCGGCAGUUGGUCGUCAGGUGAUAUCCAGAAUGCAACCGCCGAGUGGGUCCAGCAAAGUUCCUACUGGAAAUGGACGAUCCCCAUCAAGGCAGAGACGAUGAAGCUCGAAGUCCGUCUUCGCGGUUCUGGCCUGACCUUUGCAGACACCCCGGACGGCUCCCAGCAUGCCAGCCGCUCCCUCCAGCUCAGCGGCUUUGAGGUCAACCUGCGUAGCACUGUCACUACCACGGUCACUGCAACCAUGACAACAACACACACUGAAACCGUCACUUCGACUUCAACCUCCGCGACCACAUCCACGAUCACAGUUACCACAACCACUCUCACCUCUUUCCCAUCUGUCGGUUUCGACAGCCAUGCAGACCUAAAGUGCGCAAGCACAGGUGAGAGUUCCUCGGGCCUAACAGAUGCAACAGAGGAUCAAUGCAAGCUUGAAUGCUGGAGUUCUUCCACCUGUAUUGGCUUUAACUAUGCUGCUGCUGGUGGCGGGGCAGACAAUUGCAAGCUCCUGGCUUCUUUUACCAGCCUCGCUGCUGAGACAGGCACGACUUGCUAUCUGCGCAUGGCGACUGGUAUGUGCCCCUACCAAUUCCAGUACGCGUACUAUACAAACAGCGCCUAUUGCUGCAAGACCAACAAGGAGAAGGAUGACGGUUCUGGUGCAAGCUGUGACGGAAGCGCUAUGCAUGCUGGCAACACAGUCUCUAUGUGUUGUGAAGGGAACAAUUUCAUCGUGUGCCCGAAUCCUCCCUGCUCCUUGGAUGGGUUGGUUCUGCGAAAUGAGUGCCGACUAUCAGUCGUACACCUCGGCAACGAUGCACGGUGUCGCAACAUUUCAUUACGAAGAGAGCACGACGACCAUUACAUCCUCCUCUGUGACGUUAUCCACUACCUCAACCUCUACUGCCACAUCAUCCUCUACCACAUCAUCCACAUUCACAUCAUCCUCGACCACCUCAUCCUCGUUCACGUCAUCCUCUACCUCAACCACUACUGCCACAUCUUCGUCUACGUCAUCAUCCACUGCCACAUCUUCCUCUACCACAUCAUACACAAAUACUGUGACGAUGACUUCGACAACCAGUUCUUCAACGACCUUGACCGCCUCAAGUACAACAACAGAAACAUCAAGCACAACUGCAACGACUUCAAGCUCAACGACUUCAAGCGCAACGGCGACAACGUCAUCGACUUCAACCGAAACGACUUCAACCGCAACGACUUCAACCGUUAUUUGCAUUGGAGCUCAGUGUACUCUGCCUUGUUCUCGGAUGCGUAUGAGCAGAGCGAUGAAUUCUUCUGGUCGGUGGAGUUUGUGAGUAGUGGCACCGUCAGACUCAAAAAUGUGAAGGAAGGCACGUACCUGGCUUCCGACGGGUCCACUUUGUCGUUGGAGAGUACAAGCAGUGCGGCGGGCCUCUGGAAAUAUGCAACGGUCGAUGAGUCAGUUACACUUCAGCAUUCGUCAUCCAGCAAGUACCUUUGCACUGACGCCUUUCCUGGCCUCUCCGACAGUUGCCAGUCUAGAAGCUGGACGGUCACCUUCCUGGCCAACACUGUGUCUGCAUCCGUCUUCACAUCGGUCACUGUGACAACGACCUCACUGACCUCAACGACCAGGCGGGAUGAGAGGGAGCGACCUCCAUCCAUACCCUUUUGCGCCUUCCCGGCUCUUGUCCUCGGGACUUACAGUUGUCGCUUCACGCUCCCCCACGAAGACGACCUCUACAGUGACAGCUACAAUGACAACAUCGACAAGCUCUACCAAGACGACCACCGCCAGCACUUCCACAACAACGAGUGUCACCACAAUAACAUUGACCUCAAGGACAGCGACCUCAACCACUACCACGUCUUGCCAAGUCCUGGGAGCCUCAGCAAAGGUCACUACCUCCAGGAGUGCCACUCGGACACCGCCCUGAGCAAAGACGUGUGGCAGCACGUGGCCUUCGUCUAUGACAAAGACGCCAAAACACAGUCGAUCUACAUCGACGGAAAUUUGGACAAGACAUGUUCGGGCAUCGAGUCGCUGAAUACGGACGAGAGCAACCAGUUUUAUCUUGGCGGUGCUCUGCAACGGGGAGUUACAACAACAUGGACUGGCUCAAUUGCUGACGUGAACAUCUUCCUUCAGGUCUUAACAGCCGAGCAGCUCGGUGUUUCAAAGCUGACGGCCUGCUAUGCUCUGGCAGGUACUGAUUGCCGAACUCAUUUGCACUCAUGGCACACCAAGGGUGCCUGCUUGGUGGAUGCAGAUACCAGUGGACUCAAUCCGAAGACGUGCAGCACCUACUGUGCCGCCUAUGGGAUGCUGUGCCUGAAAGCAGCCCAAUCCAGUGGCUCCUGCGCCCUGCUCGUGGCUGGCUCCUUCAAAGUAUGCACAAAGCUUCCGAUUUUGCUUUUCAGGUGCGAAUGCUACCCUGCAAACUGGGCUCCGCAGCUUGUGAAUCCGACGAGUGAUUCUUCACAAAGGACUUAUUCAAGCUCAUUUGCGGACACGGCCAAAAUAGGAGCUCUUGACGACACAAGCAGUGACCAAAUGUGGAGAGCUGCCACUGACAGCGAUGAAAAUAUGAUUAUCGACAUCGGCUCCAACAAUUACUAUGUCUGUGGCGUUAUUACACAGGGAAGUGGCAGUGCAGACUACUGGGUCAAUACCUUCGAGGCUGCGCAUGCCCCGGACAACAGCAACUACGCCCCGAUCGCGGGCACUUUUUCCACUGCAGGUGACAAGACGACUCAGAAGCUGGCCCGAUUUCCUUUGCCGAUGCGGGCCCGCUAUGUUCGCAUCUGGCCGUCCACUGUCAAUGGCGCCCUCGCCAUGCGUGCAGGGCUGGUGACAUGUGGCCCGUUGAGAGCUGGGACUUCCGGGAACCAUGCCACCAACGCAGGCGUUACGUGUCAUGCGGAUGUUUCAAACUGCGGCACGCAGAUUACGGACGGCAGCAAAUGCACGGACAGUGCCACAUUCUCGGGUGCUGUGGCGACAGCAUCCACGGAGCUGUGCACUUCCAAAUACUGGGUGCAGCUUGAUCUAGGAGCCACGUUGUCGAACGACGCGCCGACGAAGUUGGUGAACAAGGUCGUGGUUUAUGGAUGCCAGAAUUUGAUGUAUUGUGGCCGGGCUCUGGAACUUUCCAGCGAUGGGACAACCUGGUCCACGGUCUAUGAGGCAAACACAGCUUACGAUGACGAUGAUCCGCCGAACGUGACUUACAGCGCUGUGGAGUCGGGUUCUGGAAGCGUGUUUCGCUUUGAUUUGCGUCCCAUUCGCUAUGUGAAAGUUUGGUCGAGCAUCAGCAGCAGCGCGCUUCAAGUGCACUUCGCAGAAAUCGAAGUUUAUGAGCAGGCCGCGGAGCUGAACUAUCAGUUUGACACAGAGAUGGCCAGCACGGCCGUGACCAUGGGCCAGCUGAGCAAUCUGGGCAUGCUGUCCGACUACACAUUCAUGGCUUACUGGAAGGCGAGUUCCCUCACGACCAAUGAACUCUACCCGAUCUUCGGACAGACCCAAACCAGCGGCCUGAACUUUUUCGUGAAGCAGACGGCGACCAACACCGUCCAACUUGAGCACAAACUGGAUGGCUCCGAUGGAUGCAGCACAAGUGCGACGUCGGUUUCGGCCAAUUGGAACCAUGUUGUUCUGUCCUUCACGGCCAGCACAAAGGCAUCAACCUUUUACCUCAACGGUGCCGCGGUGUCGCCAACCUGUGCAGCACAGAUCAGCGCCACAGAUGGAAGUGUUGAGUAUGGAGGUGGUCUUCAACAGGGCACAUGGAGUGGGAGCCUUCAGCAAGCCAAGGUGUAUACACGAACUGUCCUGUCUGAGGAUCUGACCAAUUUCAGCAACUGGUGCUCCACGUACACCUGCGGGCCAGGAUAUCGCCGUGAUUCGAGCAAAUCAGGCACCUGCAGCACUGCCAGCUGCACGGAUGCGGAAUGCUGCGAGGAGUGGCCAACAUGUGCCACAACGGAUUGCACGCAAGACUCAAAGUACACCUCCAGAAGGCGCAACUAUUGCUUUCGGUCGUGCACGGAGACGUUGUGCUGCACAUGGCGUGUUCUCGGUUCCUUCACGCUCACCGGGACUUCAACCCCAACGGUGACAACUCACAGUACAGCCUCCUGGGUUGAUGCCGGUUCCACUUGCAAGGAUCAGUUCGACGACGCGCUCCCUGUUACCACAAGCGGAACGGUUGACCGCACAACUGCAGGCACAUAUACUAUCACAUACCAGUGCACGGAAAACAAUGGCAACACGGUGUUGGACACAAAGACGCGGACUGUCACGGUCGUGGAGAGCAUGUACAUCAACCCAGCCUUGUACUGGGUGGUGCAGCGCGAGGCCGGAUCUUGGACGGACACGGUCUCCAAGUGCUGGGACACGGCCGACACAUUCGACGCGGAUGUGGCUGACAUGCAUCAGUCGGAGACGUGGGAUGCGAGCGCCCGGCUCUACAAUGGGGCAUCCGGCGGAGUGACCGAGGAAAACCGCACUAUUACUUACACCUGCUCUUUGACCAGCGAGAAGAUAGAAAGGACUUUGAUGAUUCGGGAUGCCAUCCGCAGCCUGGUCUGUAUGGUCCAGAUCCCCAUGUGGUUCGCAGUGGGCGACUGCGGUGGAACGCUGGCUACGGGGAAGGAAGGUUCCACAUUCUUGGGGCCUUUCUUUCAUUCAUGCGAAAUCGGAGAGACGGCCUUAGGUGAGAUCUGCGACACGACGGAUACGAAUCCUGGAGCCAGCAAUGACAAAGGAGAGGGCACUUAUUUGCAGCUGGAUCUGGGUUCAGCACUCAAAGUGGCAGGAGUGAAGACCAAGGGCCACUCGACCGAGGAAGCAUGGCUGAAGACCUACACCGUCGCCUACUCCACCGAUGGCUCGAGCUGGAAUGACGUCUCCGGCACAUUCACGGCCAACACCGACCAGAACACGGAGGUUGAGGCCAUGCUGCCGUCCAUAGUGGAAGCACAGUGGUGGCGCAUCAUCGCGAAGACUUUUCACAAUGUGGUGGCAGCUCGAGCUGCGAUCAUGGUCUGCAGCUCAACCAGUACGAGCACCGACGCGGACUGCCUGUGUGGCUAUGUUGCCGCACCAGCUGAAGAGGCAUGCCGAACCGAUGUGACCGUGGACUGCAUCGACGCUACAGGGACCGCGCAGACACCAUCCCUGAGCCCUUCAAUCAUCAAGGCACUUGAUUCAUCGGAGACUGUCGUGACCUACUCGUGCACCGGAGCUCCUGACUACACGCGGACCGUGAAGAUCCGGGAUUCGAUAUCUUUGGUCGGCAGCUCCUCUGUCUUGGUUCCGGGUGGUGUGUCAGGACAAUGGAACGUUGCCUCGAGCGGCACAUCUUACGAGACUGGCAGCACAUGCAUCACUCACGAGGGCGAGGAGCUUACGCCAAGUGUGGACUUGGACUAUCUUCCAUUCACCACGGAGUGCCCAAGCUGCGAUGGAGGGACCAUCGGUUUGUUCUUUUCAUAA